UAGAAUCUGGGCAGAAUGUUCACUAAUUGGCUAACUGGCAGCAGUAGCAGCAGCAGUUCCUCCAGUCGCUCCUCAAUAGCAGCUGCCGGCGGCAGUGGUGGCGGAGGAGGAGCUGCCCCGGGAGGUAGUGCCUCCGCUUUGGUGAUGAGUUCACCCCCGGAUGUGAUCCUGGAAGUGGGUCCUGCCCCCAGUAGUAGUGUUCGGUUUGUGGCCCAUUCCCUAGUCCUGGGAAUGCACAGUGGCUACCUGAGAUCCGCCAUUCGGUUGGACGAGGCAGCUGUGGUGGCGACGGCGGCGGGAAACUCCAGUUCAUCCGCCACCACCACCACCCCGACGGGGGAGCUGCUGCUCUAUCUGAGCAAUGUUACGGCGGAUCAGUUUGCUCCGCUACUGACGUACAUGUAUACGGGAUACCUCGACCUGACCGUCGACAACAUCUUUGCAGUGCUCCUGGCCACCCAUGUCCUGCACAUGCCCAGGGCCUUGGAGAUCUGUCGGUCCUUCCUGGCUCGUGCCCAGACCGAGGGCUAUUUGAAUGGGAAUCCCCCGGCCGCCCAGCUCUGUCCCGUGGCCCCUGCCCCCACUAACGCCAAGGUCAUCCGUCCGAUCCCCAGCAAGGCCACCUUGCCCAACUACGGCUUCCUGCCCCUGCCCCAGGCAGCUGCCAUUACUCCGCAUCCCCCACCACCACCACCACCGCCACCGAAUCCUUCGGCACUAUGCACUUUUGGAGGAGCUCCUGUUCCGGGCGCCACUCUGCAGCUGGAGGAGCCACUCUCCCUGGCAUCCCAUGGCAGUAACUACAUGCAGGACGCCGAGGAGGAGGAGGAGGAGGACAAGGACGAGGACGUGGAGGUCUUCAUCGAUAGCAACACGGUGACGGAUAACGAGGCGGAGCCAGAGCCGGACGUGGACAUGGACUGCAAUGUGUCCGUGGUGAGUUCGUUGGCCGGGAGCAGUGCCGGAAGUCUCAACAUCGAGCGCCUGGAUGUGAAGCCACCGAGUCCGGCCGCACCGCCACCACCUCCGGUGGUCAUCACCAAAGCCACACCACCAAAGCCACAAAAGGUGCCGACCCACAAAAAGGACAAAUCCCGGGGCAGGAACUCCUCCAACCGGAAUAGGAAGUCCACCAAUGGCCUCCAGGUAGCCAGGGCUCCGGUGCCGGCGGCCCAAUUGGAAAUGGGAGCCACCAGCAGCACGACCAGCUCCACCUCCAAGUUCAUCAUCGACGUGGCCAGCUGCGAUGGACCCGUACGCUUCCGUCGAAUCUUAAAUACCGCCUACGGCCACAAGCCAGAGGACUUGAACGGAGGAGUAGCAGGCCAUGGUGCCGGCUCUGGCAAUGGGAAUGGGAGUGGCAGUGGCUUGGAGCAACAUCGAAGCCAGCAGAGUGUCAGCUAUUCGUUUCAUCAGCAAAUGGCCAGGGCCAUCAGCAGCCAGCAGAGGCAGAUGAGCCAGCAGCAGCUGGAGGAGAGCGAGAACAGUGGAGAUGGUAGUAGUGCCACUGCCACAGGUGCUACUAGUGCCACUAAGCACACAUCGAACAGGCAACAACAGAAAGGCAACACGAAUGCAACAUCAACUGGUAGCUCCUCCUCGACAUCCUCCUCCUCCGCGACGACGGCGGGCAACCAUCACCAGGAGCUGUAUGUGUGCGUCUAUUGCAAGCACACUUUUAAAUCUCAGUACUGCUAUCAGAAGCACGCCAAACGCCAUUUGAAUCCAUUGAGUCUGACCAGUGCCACCACUGCCACGGCUGCCACCACAACAACGGAUAAAAAGUUGCUUCUGGCGGUGACAGAACCUCUGACCGAAAUGGAAGCCAAUUCAAUAACAGCAUCGGGUGGCGGUGGUCCAGGCACUGGUGGAAACAAUCCCUCCGGAGGCACUAGUGGAGGUGCUACUCCUGGCGGAGGAGGAGGAGGAGGAGCUGGAGCCCUGCUUAGGAGGGAGGUGCGUCCCUUGGACAUGAAUGUCCAGUAUUAUCCUUGCAAAACAUGCGGCAGCAAGUUCCCCAGCUACUAUUUCGUCCACAAGCAUCGCAAAAUGUGCCAUGCCGAGGAAAUCGAGGCGGCAGCAGCAGCAGCAGCGGCCACUAGCAACACUAGCACCACCAACAACUCCGGCAGCAGCAACUCCAGUCACGGCAGCAGCACCACCAACAGCCAUUCGAAGAGGGAGCCAGCGGGUGGCAGUGUCACGGUCGCCAUGGAAACCGGAGAAGAUCAACAGCAGCAGCCUUAAGCUAGGGAGGCUGUCACGGUCGCCAACAGAAGCUAAGACAUCAGCUAGGAACAUCAAGAAAGAGUGUCACGGUCGCCAUGUAAAGUGAAGGAGAUCAACAGUAGGACUGUCACGGUCGCCAUGUAAACUGAAGAGGAGCUAUCACGGUCGCCAUACAGAAGAUUCUGAAGAAGAUCAACAGCAGCUAGGACAUCAGCUAGGAGGAACACCAGGAAAAACUGUCACGGUCGCCAUCGAAUCUUAACCCCAAAAAAGCAACCGUAUCACGGUCGCCACAAAAACUAGAGAAGAUCAUCGGAAAGAAGAAAAACUAACCCUGAAGUAGAUCAACCCCGAAAGUAAGAGAAUUGCAUAAUCAAAGCAACGAAAUCUACGAAUUUAUAUUUCUAAACACACAAAAUCACACACAAAGCAAGCUAAAUGUUUUUUUUUUCUUCGCUAUAAAAUAAAUAAAAGUUUAAAA